AUCACCCCGACUAUUGCUCCAACGAUGGACACUGGUGCAGCACCUAUCAGGACCACAUCAACCAGCAACUCCACGUCUGACCCUUGUUACAACUAUACUGUUCUUGAUGACAUCUGGAGAACAAUAUACACUUCCAAUGGUUAUGGUUACUACACUUAUGGCACUUCUAGCUACUACAGCAGUCAUGAUGACACCACUAUAGAAUGGAAUGGCUGGUACCGGCUUUAUCUUCAGGGGACAAAUGCUCAGAUUCCUGAAUGGUGUGUAAAUUUCAUGACAUCUGGUGGUUACACCCCACUGUUGCUUGGUGGCUCACAUCCCCUUGUGAAAGAUGGUGUUGUUUCCCGUGCAAUUUAUGGAUCCUAUAACAAUGGGUACUACACCACCCAGUGCAAUUACUACACAUCCAACACAAUUCAAGUCAAAGCGUGUCCAGGACAUUACUAUGUCUACAAACUUGUUGAGCCAGCUGUAUCAAUUCUGAUGCCUACAUACACUGCAGUUGCUUUAAACAGGCCGACUUACGAUCCCUGCAAUAAAUACACUUCUUUGGAUCAGCCCUGGAGAGCCAAUAAUGAAAGUGGAUUAGGAAUUUGCGACAGAAACUUCAACUGGAAUGGCUGGUACCGGCUGUUCUAUUAUGGGAUGAACAUCCGUAUGGCAGAGAGCUGUGUGAAUGUUUCCAGAUGUGGUACUGAUUACCCUCUGUGGCUCAGUGGUCCUCAUCCUGAGAUAGAGGAUGGAGUGGUCACUCGCCAAGUCUGUGGGAAUAGAGGAAGUGACUGCUGCUACUACAAACCCAUUCCAAUUCGUGUCAAAGCAUGUCCAGGCAAUUACUAUGUGUAUGAGUUUGUCAGUCCAGCCUCCUGUAAUAUGGCUUAUUGUACAGAUGCCAGCACCAUAACUCCAGCUUCACCAACUGAGGCCAAUGAUGUACAGUCCAACAUCACAAUGAUACCCACCACAAACAACUCCACCUUUGACCCCUGUAACAACUAUAGUGUCCUAGACAACUACUGGAGAAGCGUCAAGAGCAGCUAUGAUGGCCAUGAUGACACUCUUGUUAAAUGGAGUGGCUGGUAUCGGCUGUAUCUUCAGGGAGAAAGCGCUCAGAUGUCUGAGUGGUGUGUGAGCUUCAUGCCAUGUGGUGGUUACACACCACUUUCACUCAGUGGUUCUCAUCCACAGCCAGAGGAUGGCAUUGUCACUCGGGAAGUCUACGGAUCCAAUGGCAGCCAGUGCACAGCCUACAGAUCCAAACCAAUCCAAGUAAAAGCCUGUCCAGGAGAUUACUACGUCUAUAAAUUUGUCAAGCCAGACAUUUCCAUCCCGAUGCCUUCUUACUGUGCAGUUACUGCAAGCCACCCCAGUUAUGACCCAUGCAAUAACUACACUUCUCUGGAUCAACCAUGGAGAGCCACCAAUGAAACUGGUGUAAAUAUUUGUGAUUUAUCAUUUAUCUGGAACGGCUGGUACCGGUUGUUUUAUCACGGGAUGAAUAUCCGCAUGCCGGAGAGCUGUGUUCCUGUAUCAAGAUGUGGUACUUAUCAUGGUCUGUGGCUCAACGGUCCUCAUCCUCAGAUAGAGGACGGAGUGGUCACUCGCCAGGUCUGUGGGAAAGGAGGAAGUGACUGUUACUACAUCAAGUCUUUUACAAUCCAAGUCAAAGCAUGCCCAGGCAACUACCAUGUGUAUGAAUUUGUCCACCCAGUCUUCUGCAGUAUGGCUUACUGCUCAGACAACAGUACCAUAAAUUCAACCUCAAACUCAACAACUGCAGCCAAUGAAGAAGAAUCCAACAUGACCAUAACGACCAAUUCGGGCAACUCAACGUUUGACCCUUGUUACAACUACACUGUUCUUAAUGACAUCUGGAGAACCACAUACAGUUACUACGGUUAUGGGUACUACACUUAUGGUUACUCCAGUUACUUCAGUAGUCAUGAUGACACCCUUGUUCAGUGGAACGGCUGGUAUCGGCUUUACCUCCAGGGAGCAAAUGCACAGAUAGCUGAGUGGUGUCUGAACUCUAUUUCAUCGGGUGGUUACACCCCACUUUGGCUUAAUGGCUCACAUCCUCGUUUGAUGGACGGCGUUGUAACCCGUGGAAUUUAUGGAUCCUAUAGGCUUGAUCAGUACACUGGUCAAUGCUAUUACUACAGAUCCAAACCAAUUCAAGUCAAAGCAUGUGCAGGACAUUACUAUGUCUACAAACUGGUUAAGCCAGAUAUAUCAAUCCCCAUGCCUACAUAUACUGCAGUUGCUGUAAACAGUUACAUCAGUUAUGACCCCUGCAAUAAAUAUAUCUCCCUGGAUCAACCAUGGAGAGCCAACAAUGAGACUGGACUGGGAGUCUGUGACAGUCAUUUCAACUGGAACGGCUGGUACCGGCUGUUCUAUCAUGGGAUGAACAUCCGUUUGGCAGAGAGCUGUGUUCCUACAUCCAGAUGUGGUACUUCUUACCCUCUGUGGCUCAAUGGUCCUCAUCCUCAGAUAGAGGAUGGAGUGGUCACUCGCCAGGUCUGUGGCAGCACUGGAAGUGACUGCUGCUAUUACAAAUCCACCCCAAUUAAAGUAAAAGCAUGUCCAGGCAACUAUUAUGUGUAUGGGUUUGUCAGUCCAAGCACCUGCAAUGCAGCUUACUGUACAGAUGCCAGCACCAUUACUCCUGCACCACCAACUGAGACAAGUGGUGGACAAUCCAACACGACCAUAUCGCUCACUCUAAACAAUUCCACAUUUGACCCCUGCAACAACUACAGUGUUCUGGAUGACUACUGGAGAGGCAUUGGAAGCAAUAACAAUGGCAAUGAUGACACUCUUGUUAAAUGGAACGGCUGGUAUCGACUGUAUCUACAGGGAGUGAGUGCUCAGCUUCCUGAGUGGUGUAUGAGCUACGUGACAUGUGGUGGUUACACACCACUUUCGCUUGGAGGUUCUCAUCCAAAGCCAGAGGAUGGCAUCGUCACUCGAGACAUUUAUGGAUCCAGUGGUAGCCAGUGCACAGCCUACAGAUCCAAACCAAUCCAAGUGAAGGCCUGUCCAGGAGAUUACUAUGUCUAUAAAUUUGUCAAGCCGGACAUUUCCAUCCCAAUACCUUCUUACUGUGCAGUUACUGGCAUUCACCGCCCCAGUUAUGAUCCCUGCAAUAACUACACUUCUCUGGAUCAACCCUGGAGAGCCAACAAUGAAACUGGUUUGAACAUUUGUGAUGGUAACUUCAACUGGAACGGGUGGUACCGGAUGUUCUAUCAUUGGAUGAACAUCCGUAUGGCAGAGAGCUGUGUUCCUACAUCCAGAUGUGGUACUUCUUACACUCUGUGGCUCAAUGGUCCUCAUCCUCAGAUAGAGGAUGGAGUGGUCACUCGCCAGCUCUGUGGGAAUGGAGGAUAUGACUGCUAUUACUACAAGUCUACCACAGUUCAAGUCAAAGCAUGUCCAGGAAACUACUAUGUGUAUGAGCUUGUCCGCCCAAACUACUGCAAUAUGGCUUACUGUACAGACUCCAACACAAUUACUCCGACUUCAGUUCCAACAACUUCACCCAAAAAUAUAGAAUUCAACAUGAGCUUAACAACAAGUCCAAUCAACUCCACUUUUGACCCCUGUAAAAAUUACAACGUUCUUGAUGACAUCUGGAGAACACCAUACAGUAACUAUGGCUUUGGCUACUACACUUCUGGUUCCUCCAGGUAUUAUGGCACUCAUGAUGACAGCAUCCCUGAAUGGAACGGCUGGUAUCGGCUUUAUCUUCAGGGACGAAAUGCACAAAUUCCUGAGUGGUGUGCGAGCACAAUGACAUCGGGUGGUCACACGCCACUUUUGCUUAGUGGCUCACAUCCGCUUGUGAAAGAUGGCAUUGUGACACGAGAAAUCUAUGGAUCCUAUAACAAUGGCUACUACACAGCCCAGUGCAGUAAAUAUAACUCCAACCCAAUCCAAGUGAAAGCGUGUCCAGGACACUACUAUGUCUACAAACUUGUAAAGCCAAGUUUAUCAAUCCCAAUGCCUGUCUACACUGCAGGUACAGUUACUUCUCUUUACCAUUCAUGUUUCAUUUAUGUAGUUUCCCAGCUGUGGUUCUGGAAUAUUCACUUGUUUUACCUUCUCAAAUGCACUCAGUUAAACCCAGUAAGGGCUUAUAAAUUAGCUAAGUAGGAUCAUGUCUGUAGAAGGAGUCUCAACAGAAGGAAGCAGGAUAUGGGGUCCUCCAGAACAGGGUUAGGAACCACUGGAGUAGAGGAUCAUAUGAAUGAUCAACAAAAAAAAUCUUUCAAACCAUUUAAUCACAUGGUUUAAUCACACAACUGUUGUCUUUGUGUCCUUAAUAGUUGUUUUAAACAGUCCAGCUUUUG